GCUGCAGUGCUGGAGCCGCCACACCUGCGACACCCAGCUACCUCUAAUCAUUCGCCAUCUUAGGCAGAACUACUUAAUGGUGUGGUCGAACGGCAGUCAGCGCUGCGCAAGGGAAAGAUAUUGCAUUUGUGUGUGUGUGUGUAUAUAUACCAGGAACGGAGACGAAAGGGCAGUUCCGGGAGGAGGUUUACGAGCGCGGAGAAGCGUCUGGGAGGAGAACGGAAUACUAUCACACACCCUUUGAGCACUGGGAGGAGGACACCACUUAUUAUUGAGACUUUUGAACAGUUUAUCCACUAUAAAUAAACGCACUGUUUAUCUUCAAGUGCUCCGCGCCUGGGUUCACUCUUAUCAUCCACCGUGACAAAAGAUACGGCAGUUUCAUGUAACCUAUGAGAAGUUUAUAGAGAAGAGCACAGAGGAACAAUCAGAUUCAUGAAUGAUGGACAAUGAAGACAAGACUCCAGGCCUGGUAAAAUGUAUCGCUAAACUUGGACUGGAAAAUUUUUAUCCCAACAAGCUGACGCUGCAACUUCUAUUAGAAAUCAACAAAGGCAACACAUAUGAUCACCCUGUUCAAUCAGUGAAAGAUAUACCAUGGUGCUUCUUUAGAAGAUUGUUUAAAAUCAAUGCAGAGUGCAGGGACUGCACACACGUACCGAAUAAUAACCAUGAGGAGGAUCUGUUUGAUGAUCAAUAUGACCUUGACUUUUGCCCUACAGAUGACACUGACGAUAGGUUUAACCCAGUUGACAUCAUAGUAGCACUUUUCAAAUGUGCUGACAGCUUCUUGCAACAGCAAAUGACCCUCAAGAUGUCAAUGUGCCAGUUUUCUGUCCCACUGUUGAUGCCUCAUAGCAAUAACAGUCAGUGUAACCUGAUGCUUUGGGCUCUAAGAGACAUUGUCAAAGAGUGGCGUCCACAUGAUUCGUCUCAAUCAAAAAGCUUUGUUGAAGACAACAUUGUUCAAGCAGAUAUGCCACUCUAUUCAUUUGUGAGGCUGAAAAACUGCAGCCUAUCCAAGUCACAGCUUUUGAAUAUUAUUCUCAGCCGGGGUCAACAGAAUCACAAUUACUUCAUUCACAGAGAAAUGGAAGGAGGAGCAAUUGAAAAGAAAAUUGCCAAUGGACUGGUUGAGGUUUGUUGGUACCUGCCCAGUGGAAGAGAAAAUCUUGACAUUUUUCCAGAGCCAGCUGCUUUCGCUAAUUUGCGAGGAGACAUUUUUGAGUCGCUCGCACAAUUCUAUUUUCUUUACCAAGUAUCAACUGCUGUCUUUGUGUUCCUGGACAAAGUUGAAGAAAAUGAGCAGAAGAUUUUGCUUUCUCUACCAGAUGUGAAAACAAAACUGUUCUUAGUAGUUGAUGUCAAAGACAGGAAUGCAAAAGAAGACAUGUUGUCUGUGAAGGCAACAGUAAAAAAAUUGGAUUUACCAAAAUCCAGCAUCAAAAUUAAAGGCUCAAACAUGAACGUUGUUGAGUUUUCAAAAAAGAUUUGUUCAGCUAUUAAGACCUCAAAUGCAACCACAAUGAAAAUGAUCAACAUGUUUGACAAAGCUGCUGAAUUUGGUUUGUCUGUGGAUGAAUGCAAGAGUGAAAACCAAGAAAAGGCAGCUGAAGAGAUUAUGAGGGGCAUUGGAGUGCGAAUUAUAUCUGACUACAAGAAACAACAACUUCCUCUGCAGGGAGACAACUGGAAGAAGUUGUCACAGUUGGAAAAAGAACAGUGUAGAUUAAAAGAUUUUGGUGACUCAGGACCGGAAGAGUACAAAUGUAAACUCCAGCAAGAAGUGAAGCAAAUUAAGAAGGAGCAAAGUACCUACAAAUUGUCCAAAGCAAUGCGAACUUUUAUUGCUAACUUAUCUACGAACAACAAGGAAGAACAAAACUAUUUCCUUAAAUGGAUGAAACUGAAGCUUGAUACACAAUCACGGAAAAAACUCUCCACAUUGAGAGAGAAAUUUAAAGAAGAGUGCAAGAAGAAAGUGUCCAAACUCAUUGCAGAGCUGGAUCAAGCUUUGCUGGAGAGCUCUUUAGGAAUAGAGCAUUACAUGAGAGAGAUGGGGCUGAUCUAUGAGUUUUCUUUGCACUCACAAAAAACUGUUGAUGAAAUAGAUGCUCUGCCAAGUGUUGUAGCUAAAAUGCUGCUCGAUGGAUAUCCUUUAGAACUCUUGGAUGGAGAUGCUUCUAAUAUUCCAGAGAGAUGGGUCGCAGAUGUGCUGAUGGAGCUUCAUAGGAAGGUUGGAGAGAAGAGCAGACUGUUGGUAGUGUCUGUGUUGGGUGUUCAAAGUACAGGGAAAUCAACACUCCUCAACACCAUGUUUGGUGUGCAGUUUCCUGUCAGCAGUGGCAGAUGCACAAGAGGGGCUUAUAUGGUCUUCCUCAAAGUUGGUGAAGAUUUAAAAACCGAGCUGAAAUAUGACUUCAUAGUUCUCAUUGAUACAGAAGGUCUAAAAUCUCCUGACAUGGCACAACUAGAAGACAGUUAUGAGCACGACAACCAGCUGGCAACCUUUGUCGUUGGUCUAAGCGAUGUAACCAUUAUCAACAUUGCAAUGGAGAAUGCAACUGAAAUGAAAGAUGUCCUACAAAUCACAGUGCAUGCAUUUUUGAGGAUGAGGCAAAUUGGUAAAAAGCCAGUUUGUCAUUUUGUACACCAAAAUGUUGCUGGUGUUUCAGCUUAUUCCAAGUGCAUAACAGAGAGGAAACAUCUCUUGGACCAGCUAAAUGAAAUGACCAAAAUUGCAGCUAAAAUGGAAAAGCAACCUUCUAUUAAAGCAUUCACUGAUGUGCUUGACUACGACAUUGGAAAAAACCACUGGAACAUCCCUGGACUCUGGCAUGGAACCCCACCGAUGGCACCAGUGAACACAGGUUACAGUGAAGCUGUAGCAGAUUUCAAGAAAAAUCUUUUGGAAAUAAUGAAAGAUGACAGAGGCAGAGCAGCCACAGAGAUCCCAGAUUUUCUUGAAUGGAUGAAAAGUCUGUGGAGAGCAGUCAAAUAUGAAAACUUUAUCUUUAGUUUCAGAAACACUCUUGUGGCUCAUGCUUAUGACAACCUUUGCAAAGAGUUUAGUCAAUGGGAAUGGGAGUUCAGAAAACACAUAUUCUGCUGGCAGACAGAAGCAGAGUUAGAAAUCUUAAAUACUGACAAUGAAUCAGAAGUUAACACUUGGGAAAAUGUGGUCCAUUCCAAAAAAUCUCAACUGUCUGGCAAAUUAACAGAUCAAAAACAGCUAAUGAUGGAGAAACUAAGUCACUAUUAUAAAAGAAAAGACAGAGAUAUAAAUUUGAUAGAGAAAUACAAGGAAGAUUUUUCCAAAAGUAUUACUGGCCUUGCCAAAGAAAUUCGACAGUCUGUGUGCAUUAAACUUGAUUGUGCCCUUGAGCUAAAGAUCAGCAAAAAGAAGGCUCAAGAUAUACAGAGAAAAUACAGAGAUGUGAUUGAAGAGCAGGUCAUGGAGCUCUUGGGUAACUGCAAAAAUUCAUCUCUCUCAGAUAAACAGCUGAUAGAUGAGUUUGAAAAGAUGUGGACUGAAGCAACAAUAAAUGUGUGUGGUCUGGAACAGCGAGAUAUUGCAGGAUCAGUCCUGGAGCAAUUGAAAAAAAAAUUCUUAAACCGGAAAGUCAACAAGGAUUUACAGGUUGACUUAGAAGAAUAUGGAAAAGAUCCAUUUAAAGUUAAACAUGCCCAUUCAGAUUCCUGGUUGAAAAAGUUUAAAAACUGGAUUCUAGGUGAUUGUCAGAGUUUUGCAGACAGUGCAAUUGAAUCUUGCACACAGUUUGUACUUGAUACAGUAAAGACAAAUGGAGAUUACCAUGAGUCUUUCGCAAGGGAACUUCUAGAGAAAAUUGAUAGUUUCCUUGAACACAGUUGCAAACAUCACAAAACAAAUAUACAGUUUGAGAUUGACCUGAAACUUCACAUUUGUAGCUUUGCCACAAGGCAGUUCCUGGAAAUGCACAAAAAGUUCCUGUACAAAAACAAUCCUCAAAAUAAGCUGGAGAAGCUCAAGAAUCAGUAUUUGUCAGACUUUCUCGAUUUGUACAAAGAGAGAGAUCACUGCCAACGAAAAGCAAAUGAUUUUGCCAGAGUUUGCAUCAAACCUGCAGUGGAAGACUAUGUAAACAGAUCACUGGGAGUAGAUAUUGUAGAUGAGAUUGUGACCAGCUGUCAUUCAACAGAGUACAGUUCCCGCUCUUAUUUCCAGUACAACAUUCAGAGAGAAUUACUUCAAAAAGAAGAUUUCAAUAGUUUUGUGAGGUACAUCAGUAACUAUGAAAUGUAUGUUAAGAACUGGAUUUAUGAGCACGUCAAGCAAAAAAUGUCAGAGGAUGAAACUUUAUGCAAACUGAAAAACAAGAUCCUGCAGGUCAUAUUUACAAAAAUCACAGAAGCGUUAAAUAAGGCAUCAGAAGCAAAGGAUGGCACUCAUCUUGAAGAUAACAAGGAAAACAUCACAGAGUUCAUCAACAGCAUGCACAAAUAUCUAAUUAAGGACAUCUCAUUAUCAGAGGAGGAUGAAAAAGCCAUCCUGUUUCAAAUCCAAAGCACAUGUUAUCCAUUUAUCAAAAGUCUCAAGACCUCAAUAGAAGACUUAAAAGCAGAACUUCAGCAGGAAUUCUCAAAAUCCAAAGAUAUUGCUGCAGAUUUGGAAAAGCUUCCAAUCAGACCACAUGAUGAGCUUUUCAAGCGGGUGUUUGGUUGUGGACAACAGUGUCCAUUUUGUAAAGUGCCCUGUGAGGCUGGAGGGAAAGAACACGCUGAGCAUCAUGCAGCUGUACAUCGGCCACAAGGUCUUGGCAGAUAUAGAGACCUUGACACAGAGAAGCUGGUUGAAACAUUAUGUACAACUGAUGUGUACAGUGGAUGUAAAUUUCGUAAUGCACUCACUAAGCAGGAAUGGCAUCCUUACAAAGAAUACAAAACAUAUUAUCCAGAGUGGCACAUUCCAGCAGACCCUUCCAUAGAAGCAUCGGACUAUUGGAAGUAUGUUUUAGUGAAAUACAAUGAACAGUUUGCUGAAAAAUAUGACGCCAAGCCAGCUGAUGUUCCACAGGCCUGGAGAAGCAUUACAAAGGAACAAGCACUGAAAGGCUUAACAGAAGCAUUCAACAUGAAGUGAAUCAAGUACAAUCCUAACAAAUAUCAUUGAAGAAAACAAUGUUAAAAUAAGCAAUGAUGUGUACUUAGGAUACAGGACAUCAUCAUUACGAAGAUCAGUCCAAAUAAAAAUAAAUCAAUACUAAUAGUAAAUGAUUUACUUGGCUGAAAGAUGUCAAGCUUUCUUAUUUUCUUUUGUAUUGUGUCCUUGAUAUAAACUACAAAUAGUAAGUUUUGACCUUUUUUUAGAGACCAUUGUUAGAGUUUUUUUUAUCUUAUAUUAUUUGCUUUUCAGACUUUUCAAUUUUCUGAAGUUUUCCUGUUUUUUAUUCAAUAUUCUAGAUGUUUCAUAUUCACUACAAAGAAUAUGUAAUAACAUUAUUUUACAACAUGAUCAUUUAUAUUUUUGUUUUCUUUUCCUCUGUUUUCCCAAAAUAUUUUAAUAUGAAAAAGUAAUUUAAUUUUAAAAUACUUGCUUCAAAAUUAUAUCAUGAAUUUCUGCAGGGGUUUUUGGACAGCUGGUCAUGUCAUUUCAGACUUUAACUUUUUCUAAACAUUUCACUUUUUAAAGAAUUUAUUUCAUCAGUAAUUCAUAUUGCAACACAGCUAUGCAUGAUAAUAAAGACAACAAUGCUAAUGCUACUUAUGACUUUUAAAUAUCUUUACGUUUUUAUUUAUCAUACACACAUUUUAAUACUUACACCUAUAGGUAUAGGUAUUUUCAUGUUAUGUGCAUUUAUAAAUAAUUUAUGUGUCAAUGAAACUGACCUUUUGCUAAUUUUUCCUUUUUCUAUAAACAAACCAAGAGGAGAAAAAAAAACUAGCAUCUGAGGGUAACCAUUUUUUUUCUGUUAGACUUGUAAUGAUUUCAAAUAGGCUUUUUUUGUUAAACAUUUUAAAGUUCACAGAUAUAUAGCACAACAAUUUGCACGAUGACUAGUAAUGAUGAUAUACUGUAUGUACACUACAUUUGAA